UCCUCCCCCCGCCACUCCCAGUGUCAACCCCACUACGGCCUCCUGCACCACCACCGCCACCACUACGGCCUCCUGCACCACCACCGCCACCACCAACUCUGUAGCUCGCUGACGCCUCGCGCUCUCUCCCCACUCUGGGCCAUCAUGUUCAUGUUCAACCGUCUCGCGGGGGGCUUCCUCCAAGUGGUCGGGGAGAUGGGAGGGAACAUCGGGCAGGAGUUUUUCCAGCCUCCCAAGGUUCAGGCGCACCUGCAGAGCGAUGAGGACACCCAGUUCCGUCGCGUGUUCAACCAGCUCGCCGGGGAGGACAUGGAGAUCAGCCCCGUGGAGCUGCAGGGAGUUCUGAACAAGGUGGUCACCAAACACCGCGACCUCAAGACGGACGGGUUCAGCGUGGAGUCGUGUCGCAGCAUGGUGGCCCUCAUGGACUCGGACGGCACGGGGAAGCUGGGCUACGAGGAGUUCAAGAUCCUGUGGAACAAAGUCAAGUCCUGGCAGAACAUAUACAAGCAGUACGAUGCAGAUCGCAGUGGCUCAAUGUCCGCCUCUGAGCUGGGACCAGCACUGGAUAGUGCAGGCUUCAAGCUGAACGAGCAGCUGCUGCGCGUCGUCACGCUCCGCUACGCGGACGACGAUGGCACCGUCGACUUCGACAACUUCAUCUGCUGCCUCGUUCGCCUGGAGGCCAUGUUCCGCGCCUUCCAAGCCUACAACCGGGACGGGGACGGCACCAUCAAGCUGAACGUGCUCGAGUGGCUGCAGCUGACCAUGUACGCCUGAUCGGCGGGCCUCGUCGGCCAGCGGAGGAUGAAUAGGGGGGCAGCAACAUGGCCGCCAGGGUCAUCGCCGCGCUCGGCUGCGGUGCCUGCUCCGUGCUGGGGGUGUUGGGUUGAGGGACGAUGUGUUUUGGGGUGUGCGUGGGUGUGUGUGUGUGGGUAUGUUAAGCGUGUAAUGAUUCACCGGCUCAAUCGAUUCCGGUACGUGUGAAAACGUACUUCGAAUGAUAAUUUACAGCUCCUGUUGUCAAUCCACUGCUGGGUGAAGGCCCCUCCCUGCAUCGUGUCAUGGGGGAUGGUUUGACCAUACUUCACCUUGCUGGUGAGGGCCGGUUGGUGAUGGCGGGGCCCGGCGGGACUAGUUCGGAUAUCACUCGUCCUCCGAUGCUGGCCGUGGCUUUGAGUCGUAUAAAAUUAUAAUCGUGUGUUACAGGCCGUUACCGCUCGUCGUACCAAAUAAAACAAUGAAGCCAAGAGUUAGACGACACAAACUAGAAGAGAGAAAAAAUUAUCGAUUCUUGAAUCGAAAAUCAUUUGAGGCCGAGUCAACCUAGGGGAGGCCCAGGACCGGUGGGCAAGCGAAUCGUGACAAUCCCUGGCGUGGGUGCGGGAGUGAAAAGCUCGACAAUCGGUUUUCUGGACGUAUCACCAGAACGCGGAGCGGCAGCAAAAAAUGAGCGACGCUUUCCAAAGAAAAGCUGCUGGACCUCUUCCCUUGGCGAUGGGGAAAGAUAAAAACAAAGAUAACCACCACCCUGAUAAUCUUUAUAAAUCACCCGUUCAACGUGCGAGGCUCACCUCCCCAGGAGGGCGUGUGUGCGUGCGUUGCCUUGCUGGCUGUGUGCUCAGCCUCCGAGGAUGCUCUUUCUGCCGCUUCAAACUCCAACUCGUCACCACCUCCCUGCCUCUCCGCACCCGACGCAGACCUCCCUCAAUCGGCCACAAGGAGACAAUUGCGUCGUUCCACCCCCUUUCCCGUUCCCAAUGACGUAGUCGGUGGGUACGGUCAUCAGUUUUUCUUCCAGUUCCAUUCCAUAAAGUAUAAAAUAAACUGUCGGCACAGAGGCUGCAAGCAGGGCCACCCGGGAGGGCGCGUGGCACGGUUUUUUUGACGCCGGCUAUCGUAGAGUGGCGGCGAUUUUGCAGUUGGUGGUGUGGUUAGUGAUGGUGAGGUGGGAGAGGUGGGGUAUGGUUUGUGGUGAGCCACUUGAGUGGCUGUGUGGUGGUGAGCCACGUGAUUCAUGGCGAGUGGGGGUGGGGGGGUGGUCAGUGGUUGGUGGUCGAGUGGACUGUGGUUGUGGUGAAUAAAAGGUGGCGGCCGCACUGGCCGUGACGGA